ACGGAAGCCGCCGGCUUUCCGUCACUCUUGCCGUCACUCUUGCCCAAUCAGUGCGCGUCCCCGUUGUUUGACUGGCUUUUUGAAUUAACUUAAACUCUAACAGGCUGACAGUCUCUGGACUACUAUGAAGUAGUUAGCCGUCAACAAACGAAAGCAACCACAUUUCGACAAUUUGGACUAUUUUCACGCUUAAAGGACAACAUGCAUUGAUACCAGACUUGACAUUUAACGAAGAGAUGUUACAGAUUUGUUGAAGAGGGAUUCCCAUCAAUUCUUCACUGUAUUGAUGACAUAACUUACUAGCUCGGUAGCUAGCUAAGUUAGCUAGAGAGCUGAUUGAAUUUAACGGGUUCAGCAGCCGAUUUAGCUGUGCCAGGUCCCCUCUCUGUUCUUUUAUCUAAGAUAACGUACCAGUCACCGAAACAGUCGUUUGGACAGUUUGGUGCCUCCUUAAAUUCCUGCCAUGGCUGACAGCAGCAUAGUGACUUUAGGGACAGCUCGGAGUCUGUUGGUGGAUUCUUCUGUCUAUGAUUCGAGGACAGCCGAAAACACCAAGGACCAUGUGUUUCUGGGCAUGGCAUGUGAAGACGGGGAAGAUAUGCUGCCAAAAGUGGAGACAAGGGUUGUUCUGGUGGGAGAAGCGGGCAGAAAUGGAGCGCUGGUCAAAGCACUGCAGGCCGUCAGAGUAAUGGAGGUACCAGUGGUAAAGAUAAGAGAAGGCGAGGCGGGUCCCAAGGAGAAAAUGAUGAUAAAAUCUAUAGUCAAUAUGGACAUCAACACCCCGUGCAUAAUUACAGACAACUACCAGGAGUUUGGAGAUGGAGAGAACACUGAUUUUGAAACCGUGUUCAUCCUCACAGACUUUGAUUCUCCCGAAUACAGCUACCUCUACAAACGCGACAACCGCAUUGUUGGGCCUCCUGUUGUGCUGCACUGUGCUGCCAAGCAGGAACCUCUACAGUUUUCAUGUCGUCCUCUCUACUGCACCACCAUGCUUAACCUGUCGCUGUGUUUCACGGGCUUCAGAAACAAAGAGGAAAUGAAGAACUUGGUGAAUCUGGUUCAUCACAUGGGUGGGACCAUCCGGAAAGACUUCAGCACCAAGGUUACUCAUCUCAUCGCCUAUUCCACUCAUGGAGAGAAAUACAGGCUGGCAGUGUGCAUGGGGACACCCAUCCUCACUUCAUCAUGGAUUCAUAAGGCCUGGGAGAGAAGAGACGACAUGUACUUCCAUGCAGGAGAAGAGGAGUUUCGAACAGAGUUCAAAGUGCCUCCAUUCCAGGAUUGCAUUCUCAGUUUUUUGGGUUUCUCAGAUGAAGAGAAGGCCAACAUGGAGGAGAGGACUCUCAAACACGGUGGCAGUUACCUGGAGAUUGGAGAUGAGAGGUGUACACACAUGGUGGUGGAGGAAAACUCAGUAAAGGAGCUGCCAUUUUCUCUCUCUAAGAAACUCUUCGUGGUCAAACAGGAGUGGUUCUGGGGAAGCAUUCAGAUGGACGCUCGGGCCGGAGAGUCCAUGUACCUCUACAAGAAGAACGACAGCCCAGCCAUGAAGAAGGCAGUGUCCCUCCUGUCCCUCACCACCCCGAACAGUAACCGUAAGCGUCGGCGUCUGAGGGACACACUGGCUCAGCUCACCAAGGAGACAGAGAUCUCCCCCUUCCCUCCACCACGCAAAAGGCCGUCAGCAGAGCACUCCCUGUCCAUGAGUUCUCUGCUGGACAUCUCUAACACCCCUGAGACAUGCAAGGCCUUGGCAGAAGACAGACUAGGGAACAGUUCAGAGAGCAAAAGAGACGAUGCUGUGACCAGGAAUAGGAUAAGAAGAAGGAAAAUCAGGAAAAGGUGGAUUAGGACAGACAGGGAAGAGAGGAGGAAAAAGUCCCACCUGAGCACAGGUUUCCUUCAACAACUAGAGAAGGAGCAGCAGCAGCCAGAAACUUCUGCAGAGUGUUCAAAGCCAUCCAAGAGUUCAACUCCGGUUCUGUCCAGGCAGUCAGCCAGGUGGCAGGUCUCCAAGGAGCUCUACCAGACUGAGAGCAACUAUGUAGACAUUUUAAGCACCAUCCUACAGCUUUUCAAGCUUCCAUUAGAAAAAGAGGGGCAAGUGGGCGGGCCCAUCCUAGCCCAAGAAGAAAUUAAGACUAUAUUUGGCAGCAUCCCAGACAUCUACGAGGUUCACACCAGAAUAAAGAGUGACCUUGAGGAGCUCCUGACAGACUGGUCAGAAGACAGGAGUGUAGGAGACAUCAUUCUCAAAUAUUCUAAAGAGCUGGUGAAGGCCUACCCACCCUUUGUCAACUUCUUUGAAAUGAGCAAGGAGACGAUUGUAAGGUGUGAGAAACAAAAACCACGCUUCCAUGCUUUUCUCAAGAUCAACCAGGCCAAGCCAGAGUGCGGCAGGCAGACACUAGUGGAGCUACUCAUCAGACCUGUACAGAGACUGCCUAGUGUGGCCCUUCUUCUUAACGACAUAAAGAAGCAUACGUCAGAUGACAACCCAGACAAGAUAACAUUGGAGAAAGCAAUUGAGUCUUUGAAAGAAGUCAUGACUCACAUCAACGAGGACAAAAGGAAGACUGAAGGCCAGAAGCAGAUCUUUGAUGUUGUUUAUGAAGUUGAUGGCUGUCCUGCCAAUUUGCUGUCCUCCCAUCGCAGUCUGGUUUACCGAGUAGAAACAAUUGCCCUGGGAGACCAGCCAUGUGACCGUGGAGAACAUGUCACACUCUUCCUCUUCAAUGACUGCCUUGAGAUUGCAAGGAAGCGACACAAGGCGAUCAAUACGUUUAAGAGUCCACUGGGACAGACGAGACCGCCACCCCCGCUCAAACACAUUGCACUGAUGCCGUUGUCCCAGAUUCGAAGAGUGCUGGAUCUGCAGGACACAGAGGAGUGUGUGAAUGCUUUCGCCUUGGUGGUUCGCCCUCCAACUGAACAGGAGAACCUGUUGUUUAGCUUCCAACUGGCUGGAGAGGAAACAGUUAAAAGCACCUGGCUGCGAACACUUUGCCGCCACGUCGCCAACACCAUCUGCAGGGCUGAUGCGGAGGAUCUGAUUCAGUGUACAGACCCAGACUCACUACAGGUCAGCACCAAGGAUAUGGACAGCACCCUGAGCAAAGCCUCCAGAGCCAUCAAGAAGACCUCUAAAAAGGUGACGAGGGCUUUUUCUUUCACUAAGACCCCGAAGCGUGUGAUCCAGAGGGCGUUCAUGGCCAACAGUACUCCAGAUGAGAAAAGCCAGAGGCUGAGUUGUGACAACCGCAUUAGCAGCAGCUCCACGCUAGCUACACACCAUUCCCCCUCCAUGGUCAAUCUGCCUUCCAUGUUUGAGAGGAAGUACCACACAUUCAGUCGUUCGACCACCCACCUCUUCUGAGGUGCUGCUGCUUGGGAGCACCAGCAGGGGUUGACCCAUCUUUUCACCUCCAUUGCCUUGACUGCCGCUAACGGCAAGAUCUGACCCGAUAUGUGUAUGAAGUUACCUAGAAGUAAACUAUUUUACAUGCUGCAGCUCUGCACAGACUUUCCAAAUCCAGAAGAAAAGACAUUUAGCCACAUUCUGAAAAAUGCACUGAAUCUAGGGACAUACGUCAAUAUGGUAUGUGGCAGUAUCAGUGUUGUCCAGCUACUGUUCAAGCUCAAACUUGGGCCAAGUAGGGUUAAAACAAUAAACCAAUUGUUCAUCAACCUGAUGCGUAUCAUGAUGUGACGUAUUCACCUAAAAUUAGUCUGUGUUGCUGAGAACUUGCAAGAAAAGUAUAAUGCCAUGAUCUGACAAGGCAGUUUGGUGCAUCUUCCCAAACAUGCACAAUGCUUCAAUUAAGACAAGGAGCAAACUGGAACGGUACUGCACCAGGCUAGGGGCUACAGGUGUGUGAUUACCACAGGUUCUGGUAAGGUUUGCCUUACCCUUAAAAAAUGAAGGAUGCUCUUUUUGUCUGCAAUUGUUAAUGGGUUAUCUUGACGUAAUUUUUUGGUUUUUUAUUUUUCUUAACGUACAUUACCAGACACAUUACAUUUUGUGUUUAUACGUUGCCUGUUCAGCUUCCUGGUUGGUUACCAUUGUUGGCAUUGUUCAGUGAUGUGUUAACACUAACUAUAGACCAAGUAAACAUCAUGUCUGUCCUCUGGUUUAAAUGUGGACUUCAUGCUGUCCCCAAAUGUCCCUGGAUGGUAGUUUUAUUUUACUGUGCUUUGGGAAAGUAAAAUAGCAUGUAAGUUCAGAUGUUGAGGUUUUUCUGGUUAACAUAUGCAGGUUGAUAAGCUCUUUGUGUGUUUCAUGUACUAGUUAAAGUUACAAGUUUGACCUCUCUUGCCCUUUACUGUGUUGUGGCUUUUUUAAUCAGACCCUUUUAUAUUAACUGACAUUUAAUGUUGUCUUAUUGUAGUGGGCUAGACUUAAUUUCACCUGUAUAAUAAUAUUACUUAUUGUAAUUAACCCACCUUCAAAAUGUAAACUUAUGAUAGCUUCCAGCUUUUAUAAAGCUUCUAUUUUAACAUUUAAGAGAUUCGAGAAGAAUAAAAGCACUUGUGCUCUUCUUCCUUGUUCGUCCACGUUUUAAAAUAUAUUUUUACUGUCUAUACCGUGUCUGUAUAUCUGUGUAUGUUUAAGAAGGGAUGCUGCAUCAGUGUACAUAUUUAUUCUUGAUGAAUACAGUUUUCUUUAUUUCUCUUGCAAUUUUUUUCCACUUUUGUCGUUUCUCUAAUGCUGUUUUCAUUUACCUUCAAUUGUCUACUGUUGUUUCAUCUCUGUAUUAAAUGCACUUAAACAUGUA